CGCCUCGUCCCACACCAAACGCCGCCGUCCCACGAAUCCCACGGCCUCGUCCCGCAACGGCCUCUCAGGCUCCCCGCGAUGGCCAGCUCCGCGAUCGCCGACUUGGUAGAGAAGGGCAAGGAGAUCAUGCGCAUGAAGGAAGAGGGUCAAUUCGGGCACGCACUGCAACUGGCCGACGUGCUCGCCAUGAAGCACCCUGACUCGCCCCUACCUCCCAGCCUCAUAGGUGCGAUCCACUACGAUGCGGCCAUCCGCGCGCGCGAGGCUGCUGCGGGCUCGGAGGAGGAGGUGGCCGACGCGGCGGCGCUAGCCGAGACCCACCUCCGCGCUGCUCACCAUGCGAUCAUCCAGGUGAAUUCGGUGGCGCCCGACAACAUCGACAACCAUAUCGCGCUCGCGGGCGUGCUUGUCGAGUUAUCGAUGUUCCGCGAGGCGGAGACCGCGCUGCGCCGCGCUUGGGAUUUGGAGGCAAACCCACCUGUCACGACGCAAGGCCUCCACAGCCGACUGGGAUCCUCCACUCGCGACGCGAAGGAUCAGUCCUACGAACGGCUGACCAAUCGGAUCGUUGACCAUGAGAUUCAGAAGGUAUCAGAGGUGCGCAAUAGCCAUGGUGGGGCGCUGAAUGCUCUGAAGGAGGCUCGAAGUCUCGCCAAGCGCUUCCCGGUCUCGGUGCGUGCGCGGCUGUUCGAAGCUCUCAUCGAAUUAGAGUACAUGAACAACCUCCCUCGAGAUCUUGACAGGACCAAAGGAUUGGAAAGGCUUCUACAAAGUGCCAAUGCUAUUGUUGAAACAUUCCCCAAAUCAGGUGUAUCUGCUUCUUUCCGAGCCCGAUUGCUGUUCCUUUUGGGUAGGCAUGAUGAUGCGGAGGCAGAAUGCAAUCGGGCACUUCCUUUGGUUGAUCUAAAAGAAGAUACAAUCCUCCCUGCAUCCAUCAGAGGGGAUAAAAGCGAGUUUGAUGACCUACUCUCCAAAAUCACGACCAAAAGACAGAUGGCUGGAGCUGGUGGUAGACCAUGCCAGAAGAUCACCGUGGAUGAUAUUGCUACCAUCUUUAAUGUUGAUCAAGUGUCAAGCAAAGAGGAAGUCUCCUUUCCAGCAGGUGGACAUGAGCUUAGCAAGAGUACAAGCAACAUUGGUGAUAUUGCUGCCAUCUGUAAUGUUGAUAAACUAUCAAGCAAAGAGAAAGUAUACUAUCCAGCAGGUGGACACGAGCUUAGCAAGAGUACAAGAACUGUUGGAACUUUCUACUGCUCAAACACGAAAGGCAUUCACUUGCUAGAGUUCAUUCUAAUGACAUUGUGGUGUUUGAGACACUUCGUUGCUGAAGUUAUAGAGAUGGAGUCUCUUUGCACCAAUCAUAAUGGUCCUUGUAUUAGUGAGAUCGUACAAAACAUCUUUUCUUUAUGGGAGAAUAAUGAAGAUCAUAAGGAACAACUACGAUGUCUAGCAUAUGCAAUAAAAAGAAGAUUAGACGAUGAAAAUUUCUUUGAGAAGCUACAGGAUGAUUUUGUCUCUGAAAUUACCACCACAAUUCUUAACGGACUUCAUGUGAAUGAUUUGUGUUUACACAUUCGAUUCGUCGGUGGUACAUUUGCUUGCAAUUCGUGCAGAUCCAAAAAGGUCAACAACAUAUGUAUCAACUGUAGUUCUCCUAGUAGGAAGGAACCCCACUCAACAAUCGUGGUCUAUUGGACAAAUGUGAGGGCAGAUCCGCGGUCUUUUAGAGAAAUCCUGAAUGAAUAUGUUGGACCUGUUAUGACUUUUGCUUACAACAGCGGUACAGCAGUUUACAGCCUAGCAGCAAUGAUAUGUUACUUGGAUGGCUGUUGUGUUGACAUUGUUCGAGCUGAUGGAUGCUGGAUUAUGUAUAAUGAGGCAGGAGGAGUUCAGAAGUGUCUGGGCUCCUGGGAAUUUAUGCUUGAAAUGUGCAGGAAGUACAGGCCAUCUGUACUUCUUUACGAGGUUAUCAAGUAGCCGAAGAGGCAAGAGAACGGUGCGAAGAUGCACUUGGGCAGGGGCAGGCCCAAGGGCAACUGCAUGUCCAGUGUGCGCAAUUGAGCCGCUGGUGAUCUUGGGGCCAGCAGAGUGUCGAGAUACUUCUGUAAACAAAACUGCGAAAUACUGUAGAAUAGAGCAAGGAGAUGUAUCGGCCUCCUUUAAACCUUGCAAUUUCUGUUGGGGAUGGCUUAAUGUUGCCUUGAAGUGGAUGCGGGUUGUGGCCCAACUAAACUGUUAGCGAUCAUGCUUGUAGUUAGAUAAAUAUAGAUAUGAUGAUAUAGUUACUGCCUUUUUUUUUC